CCGCGGCCCUCGGGAGGCGGCAGCUACACCCGCCGCUCCGGCCGCGCUUUACCGCAGACUGCGUUGCUCGGGGCCGGACAGAGCCGCGCUCACCGCAACACUCCGGGCGACCCGGGACAAGCACGGUUCCCCACCCAGGGACCCGCCGCCGCCGCAAUCGGGACGCCGUCUCCACCGACGGCGCCGCUCACCGCAGCCCGCCCCAUUGAGGGCGGGGCCUGCCCGGCAAGGGAGGGAACUUCCGGCUCUUGCCGACCCCGCCCCUCACCUUGGCCUCGGGUCCGCUCUAAGCCAAUGAGGGUGGGGAGUUGCAGCCGAGCAGGUAACCGGGUGCCCAAUCAGAAAGGCGCCGCGGGAACAGGUGGGGGCGGGGCCUCGGCGUGCCGCGCGCGCGGCCCCGCCCCUUUGCCCCGCUCGUAGCCGCGCCAAUCGGCCUCCGCGGCGGCGUCUCGUUCUCCUUCGUCCGGCGGCGCGCGGGUGUGUUUGGAGGUGGGAGGGGCUACCUGCCAGGAGCGGCGCCGGCUGCGGCACCCGCCGGCGGGGCUCGCGCCCUGCCUGCCUCCCGACGGCCGCCUCCCGCCCCCAGCCGCCGCCACCGCGUGAGGGGCCGCCCGGCGGUCGGGCCGUGAGGGCAGCGGGCGGCCCGGGCCGGAGGAGCGCGGAGGCAGCCAUGGCACUGGUGGCUCCGGAGACUCGGAAGUUCACGCGGGCGCUGAGCAAGCCUGGCACGGCGGCCGAGCUGCGGCAGAGCGUCUCCGAGGUGGUGCGCGGCUCCGUCCUGCUGGCAAAACCAAAGCUCAUAGAACCAAUAGACUACGAAAAUGUCAUCGUUCAGAGGAAGACGCAGAUUUUGAAUGAUGCUUUACGUGAGAUGCUACUGUUCCCUUAUGAUGACUUUCAGACAGCAUUAUUGAAACGGCAGAGUCGAUACAUUCGUUCAACAGUUCCUGAAAACGCAGAGAAGGAAGCUCAAAGCUUGUUUGUAACUGAGUGUAUCAAAACCUACAAUUCAGACUGGCAUGUUGUUAACUAUAGAUACGAAGAUUAUUCAGGAGAGUUUCGACAGCUUCCAAAUAAAGGGACAAAAUCGGAGAAGCUUCCAGUUCAUUUAUAUGAAGUGGAUGAAGAAGCUGAUAAAGAUGAGGAUGCAGCAUCCCUUGGGUCUCAGAAGGGUGGAAUAACAAAACAAGGAUGGCUGUACAAGGGCAACAUGAAUAGUGCAAUCAGUGUGACAAUGAGAUCAUUUAAGAGAAGAUUUUUCCACUUAAUCCAACUUGGUGAUGGAUCCUAUAAUCUCAAUUUCUACAAAGAUGAAAAAAUAUCAAAAGAACCUAAAGGAUCAAUAUUUCUAGAUUCAUGCAUGGGAGUGGUUCAGAACAAUAAGGUCAGACGUUUUGCAUUUGAACUCAAGAUGCAAGACAAGAGCAGUUAUCUUUUAGCUGCAGAUAGUGAACUUGAAAUGGAAGAAUGGAUAAACACUCUGAACAAAAUCCUUCAGCUUAACUUUGAGGCUGCAAUGCAAGAAAAAAGAAAUGGAGAGUCUCAUGAAGAUGAUGAACAAAGCAAAAUGGAAAGCUCAUCAAGUAGUUUUGAUAACUACUAUCCUGAAAUUGCCAAGAGUACCAGAGAAGCAGAAAUCAAGUUGAAAAGUGAAAGCAGAGUUAAACUUUUUACCUUGGAUCCAGAUGCACAGAAACUUGACUUUUCUGGUAUUGAACCAGAUGUGAAGCCAUUUGAAGAGAAAUUUGGAAAAAAAAUUCUUGUGAAGUGUAAUGAUUUAUCUUUUAAUUUGCAAAGCUGUGUUGCAGAAAAUGAAGAAGGACCAACGACAAAUGUAGAGCCUUUCUUUGUCACAUUAUCACUAUUUGAUAUUAAAAACAACCGGAAGAUUUCAGCAGAUUUCCAUGUUGAUUUGAACCAUGCCUCAGUAAGGCACAUGAUAUCCAAUGCAUCUCAACAAAUGAUGAAUGGCAGUGGUGAUAGCUUACACAGAAUUCAAGACAUUCAUGAAACUAUGUUACAAUAUCCAAAGCAGGGAAUAUUCUCGGUCACGUGUCCUCAUACUGACAUUUUCCUCGUGGCUAGAAUAGAAAAAGUAUUACAGGGAAGUAUUACACACUGUGCUGAACCGUAUAUGAAAAGUUCAGAUUCUUCAAAGGUUGCACAGAAAGUUUUGAAGAAUGCGAAGCAGGCAUGCCAGAGAUUAGGUCAAUAUAGAAUGCCUUUUGCCUGGGCAGCGAGGACAUUGUUUAAAGAUGCCUCAGGAACCCUGGACAAAAAUGGACGAUUUUCUCCUCUCUUCAGGCAAGACAGUAAUAAACUUUCAAAUGAAGACAUGCUGAAAUUGUUAGCAGAUUUCAGGAAACCUGAAAAGAUGGCCAAACUUCCUGUUAUUUUAGGAAAUCUGGAUGUUACAAUUGAUAAUGUGUCACCAGAUUUUCCAAAUUACGUUAACUCAUCAUACAUUCCCAUGAAACAGUUUGAAAACAGUACCAAGACACUAAUAACGUUUGAAAUAGAGGAAUUUGUUCCUUGUAUACCAAAACACACUCAGCCUUUCACCAUCUACAACAAUCAUCUUUAUGUUUAUCCAAAGCAUUUGAAAUAUGACAGUCAAAAGUCUUUUGCAAAGGCUAGAAAUAUUGCAGUAUGCAUUGAGUUCAAGGAUUCUGAUGAAGAGGAUUCUUUGCCUUUAAAGUGUAUCUAUGGUAGACCAGGUGGACCUGUAUUUACUAGAAGUGCGUUUGCUGCUGUUCUGCAUCACCAUCAAAAUCCAGAGUUUUAUGAUGAGAUUAAAAUAGAAUUGCCCACUCAGUUACAUGAAAAGCACCAUUUGUUGUUCACCUUCUACCAUGUCAGCUGUGAUAAUUCAAGCAAAGGGAGUACAAAGAAGAAAGACGUUGUUGAAACACAAGUGGGGUAUUCUUGGCUUCCCCUAAUAAAAGAUGGAAGAGUGGUGACCAAUGAGCAACACAUCCCAGUGUCAGCAAAUCUUCCCUCAGGCUAUCUUAGUUACCAGGAAGUGGCAGUUGGAAAGCAUUCUGGUCCUGAAAUUAAAUGGGUAGAUGGAGGCAAACAACUGUUGAAGAUAUCCACUCAUCUGGUGUCAACUGUGUAUACGCAGGACCAGCACUUGCACAAUUUUUUUCAGUACUGUCAGAAAACAGAGUCUGGAGCUCGUGCACUAGGAGCGGAUCUUGUAAAAUAUCUCAAGAGCCUUCAUGCUAUGGAAGGCCACGUGAUGAUAGCUUUCCUGCCAACUGUCCUAAACCAGUUGUUUAGAGUUCUCACUAGAGCAACUCAAGAGGAAGUUGCAGUCAAUGUGACAAGGGUUAUUAUCCAUAUCGUUGCUCAGUGUCAUGAAGAAGGCUUGGAUAGCUACCUGAGGUCUUAUGUCAAGUAUGCUUAUAAAGCUGAACCCUAUGUUGCUUCUGAAUAUAAGACAGUACAUGAAGAAUUGGCAAAGUCCAUGACAACAAUUUUAAAGCCAUCUGCUGACUUUCUUACAAGCAACAAACUACUUAAGUAUUCAUGGUUUUUCUUUGAAGUUCUGAUAAAAUCAAUGGCUCAGCAUUUGAUUGAAAACUCUAAAGUGAAGCUGUUGCGAAACCAGAGAUUUUCCGCUUCCUUUCAUCAUGCAGUCGAAACAGUUGUUAAUAUGCUAAUGCCACACAUCACUCAGAAGUACAGAGACAAUCCAGAGGCUUCAAAAAAUGCAAACCAUAGCCUUGCUGCCUUUAUAAAAAGGUGUUUUACUUUUAUGGAUAGAGGCUUUGUUUUCAAGCAAAUCAAUAACUACAUCAGCUGCUUUGCCCCAGGAGAUCCGAAGACUCUUUUUGAAUUCAAAUUUGAAUUUCUCCGUGUAGUCUGUAAUCAUGAGCAUUACAUACCGUUGAAUCUACCAAUGCCCUUUGGAAAAGGCAGAGUUCAGAGAUACCAAGACCUUCACCUGGACUAUUCAUUAACUGAUGAGUUUUGUAAAAAUCACUUCUUAGUGGGACUGCUUCUAAGGGAGGUGGGCAAUGCACUGCAAGAGUUCAGAGACGUGCGGCAGAUUGCUAUUUGUGUGCUCAAGAAUUUGAUGAUAAAGCACUCUUUUGAUGAUAGAUAUGCUUCCAGGAGCCAUCAGGCACGAAUAGCCACUAUGUAUUUGCCACUCUUCGGACUGCUCAUAGAAAAUGUUCAGCGAAUCAAUGUUAAAGAUGUGUCUCCGUUUCCUGUUAACCCUUCCAGCAGUAGCGCAAAGGAUGAUGCACUUACUUUGCCAACUGCAAGUCAGCUAGUAACACCACAAAAAUCAGGAAACACAUUGGAUAACAAUCUUCCUAAAGAUCUAUUUGGUGUUAUCUCUGGCAUUGCUUCCCCAUACACCACAUCAACUCCAAAUAUUAAUAGCGUGAGGAACGCUGACUCAAGAGGCUCUCUUAUAAGUACAGACUCAGGAAGCAGUAUCCCAGAAAGACACAGUGACAAGAGCAAUUCCCUUGACAAGAGAGAGAAGCUUCUCAGAAGGCACUCUGCUCAUGCUAUGCGCCCUAAUGGAGAAGAAGAAGAAAAUUCUCACCCUGCAAAGAAAAACCGUGUUACUAUGGAUUUUUCACUUCUGACAAUUCCAGCUUUACCAGAGAAAAUUUUGCAUGCUGCUUUCUCUCUUCAGUUACAAGAAAACCAACAGAGCAGCACUUUAGGAAGUUCUGUAGUUCGAUAUGACAAACUUGACCAAGCAGAGAUCAAAAGUCUGCUCAUGUGUUUCCUUCAUAUCUUAAGAAGUAUGUCAGAAGAUGCAUUGUUUACAUAUUGGAACAAGGCUACAAAGUCUGAACUCAUGGACUUUUUCACAAUUACAGAAGUAUGCUUACAUCAGUUCCAGUACAUGGGGAAACGAUACAUAGCCAGGAACCAGGAGGGGUUGGGAUCCAUAGUUCAUGAUCGAAAAUCUCAGACAUUGCCUGUUUCCCGUAACAGAACAGGAAUGAUGCAUGCCAGAUUGCAGCAGCUGAGCAGCCUGGAUAACUCUCUCACUUUUAACCACAGCUAUGGGCAUUCAGAUGCAGAUGUUCUUCACCAGUCCUUACUUGAAGCAAAUAUUGCCACUGAAGUUUGCCUUACAAUUCUGGAUACUCUAUCACUAUUCACAAUGGCUUUUAAGAAUCAACUACUGACUGAUCAUGGGCAUAAUCCACUGAUGAAGAAAGUAUUUGAUGUGUACCUCUGCUUCCUUCAGAAGAAUCAGUCUGAAACAGCAUUGAAAAAUGUCUUCAUUGCUUUAAGGGCACUUAUUUUUAAGUUUCCUUCUACAUUUUAUGAAGGUAGAGCUGAUAUGUGUUCUGCACUGUGCUAUGAAAUUCUGAAGUAUUGUAAUUCCAAACUGAGUUCAAUUCGUACUGAAGCUUCACAGUUACUGUACUUCUUAAUGAGGAAUAAUUUUGAUUACACAGGAAAGAAGUCUUUUGUUAGGACACAUCUGCAAGUUAUUAUUUCAGUAAGCCAGCUAAUUGCUGAUGUUGUUGGAAUUGGAGGAACUAGAUUUCAGCAGUCUCUUUCCAUCAUCAAUAAUUGUGCCAAUAAUGACAGAAUUAUAAAGCACACUACAUUCCCUUCUGAUGUUAAGGAUUUAACAAAACGGAUUCGUACAGUACUGAUGGCUACAGCUCAGAUGAAGGAACAUGAAAAUGAUCCAGAAAUGCUUGUAGACCUCCAGUACAGUUUGGCAAAGUCUUAUGCUAGUACACCUGAACUAAGGAAGACAUGGUUAGACAGCAUGGCAAGGAUCCACGUUAAAAAUGGAGAUCUUUCAGAGGCGGCAAUGUGCUAUGUCCAUGUAGCAGCACUGGUUGCAGAAUAUCUCACACGAAAAGGGAUGUUUAGACAAGGUUGUACCGCUUUCAGGGUAAUCACACCUAAUAUAGAUGAAGAGGCUUCAAUGAUGGAGGAUGUUGGUAUGCAAGAUGUUCACUUCAAUGAAGAUGUGCUGAUGGAAUUGUUGGAGCAGUGUGCUGAUGGACUCUGGAAGGCAGAACGCUAUGAACUCAUUGCUGACAUAUAUAAACUUAUAAUUCCUAUUUAUGAAAAACGGAGAGAUUUCGAGAGGCUUGCUCAUUUAUAUGAUACUCUUCAUCGAGCAUACAGUAAAGUAACAGAAGUUAUGCACACAGGCAAGAGACUGCUGGGAACUUAUUUCAGGGUAGCGUUCUUUGGACAGGGAUUCUUUGAGGAUGAAGAUGGAAAGGAAUAUAUCUAUAAAGAGCCUAAACUCACGCCUCUUUCAGAAAUUUCCCAGAGACUCCAAAAACUGUACUCUGACAAAUUUGGAUCUGAAAAUGUCAAAAUGAUUCAGGAUUCUGGCAAAGUAAAUCCUAAGGAUUUAGAUUCAAAAUAUGCAUAUAUUCAAGUUACACAUGUAAUUCCAUACUUUGAAGAAAAAGAGUUGCAAGAAAGAAAAACAGAUUUUGAAAGGACUCAUAACAUUCGUCGUUUUAUGUUUGAGAUGCCUUUUACUCAAGCUGGUAAACGACAAGGAGGAGUAGAAGAACAGUGCAAGAGACGGACUAUUUUGACAGCUAUACAUUGUUUCCCAUAUGUGAAAAAGCGCAUUCCAGUAAUGUACCAGCACCAUACUGACUUAAACCCAAUUGAAGUAGCCAUUGAUGAAAUGAGUAAAAAAGUUGCAGAACUUAGGCAGCUUUGCUCUUCAGCUGAAGUAGAUAUGAUCAAAUUGCAGCUGAAGCUACAAGGAAGUGUCAGUGUUCAGGUUAAUGCUGGUCCAUUAGCAUAUGCAAGAGCUUUCUUAGAUGACACAAACACCAAAAGAUAUCCAGACAAUAAAGUAAAGCUGCUAAAGGAAGUUUUUCGGCAAUUUGUUGAAGCUUGUGGGCAUGCUCUGGGUGUAAAUGAACGACUUAUAAAGGAAGAUCAGUUGGAAUAUCAAGAAGAAAUGAAAGCAAACUACAGAGAAAUGGCAAAAGAGCUUUCUGAAAUAAUGCAUGAGCAAAUUACUCCUGUUGAAGAAAAGACCAGUGUUAUGCCUAAUUCACUACACAUUUUCAACGCCAUAAGUGGAACUCCAACAAGCACAACAGUUCAUGGGAUGCCCAGUUCUUCUUCAGUUGCAUGAUUGUUUUGUAAAGGAAAGUAUGUUCAGUUUUGGUUUUUUUUUUUUUUUUUAAAGUAUGUGGAUUUGCUUCAUUGUGUGCAAACUCAGGAUGAAUUUGAAGCUAAAUGUUGGGCACGUGCAAGCUGCAUAAUUCAUACGAAUGUCUGAGCACACUUAGCAAAUAGCAGUUACUGGUAAUAGUCUUUUAGAGUAAGGGAGGCGCACAUGUAUUUUUUAAUCUUGCUUGUAGCGUUUAAAAGUAUUCACGAUGUCAUUGCAGAAGUGCGUGUUGGAAAACUAUAAAGUUGAAGUUAAUUUCUCUUUUUCAUUAGAAAGUAGUAUUAAAAUGAAUUGCACAUAACAAAAAAGUGUUGUGGGAUGUAAUUUUGCAGAUAUGUAACAUUCAGGUGUUCUUCUUGUGUAUGGCACAUAGAGAUUGAUUCCAAGUACAAGAACUAUUUUGGGGCUAGACAGAGACACUAGUUUUUUGGGCUUAACGGAACUGACAAUAGUAGUUUUUGUACCAUUUGGCAAAUUGUUGUGCAUUAUUUUAUACCUUGUUGCAUUUUGGAGGUAUGUGAGCUUAGAUCUUAUUAAACAACUAAAUACAACCAAAGGUCUGUAUUAAUGAACACUGAGUUAUACUAAAAUAUCAAUAGUAGUAAAUUGUUAUGUACAUAUUGUUUGUUAAUACAGUCCAUACAGUCUGUACAUAAAUGUAUUACAUUUCUAAGCAUUUUUUAAUAUUCAUACCAGCUCUUAUCUUUCUGCUUUCAGUUUAUUGUGAAAAUUUGCUCAUUCCAAGUAUAUGCAGACUUUACAGUUCAUUUAUUCCUGUAUAUACAUAAGUGCAAUAUCAAGAUGUAUACAGUCUUUGCUAUGUUAGGUUUAUAUGCAGUUAUUAAAAGGAAAAAAAAACUUUUUUGCCAAAGCAAUGGAAUAUGUAAUUGGUGAUCAUGGUUACUGUGGUAAAUGGUGGUAUAAUUUAAAGCUUUUUCCAUAUUCUUAUUCUUUUAAGACAUUAAUUUAGUAAUUUUAUAUUUGGGGAAAAUAAAGGUUUUUAAUUUUAUUUAACUGGAAGCACUGUCCUGCUGUAAUUAAACAUUCUGUACUACAUCUAUAUUAAAAGGAAAAAAGUAGUUACUUUU